CAAGUCUCUGCAGCCAGGUGUGCGCGUCGUCAUGUAACGACACCACCUGCGUUUUUUCAUAUUUUUUUUAGUUUUAGUUUUUUCUUUAAUGUUUCUCCAGUUUGCGCAGUGUUAUGAGAGUUUGGAGUGUUUGGAGCGUUUUUGUGCGUAAUGGCGCAGCGAGAGGACUCUCCCUCGAAGAGACAAACUUCUCUUUACCUGAGACUUGACGUCAGCUGCUGCGGUGCUUGUGGAGGAUGGCGGUUCACGAAGACUAAAAGGAUAUAAGUUUUCAGUGCGGACGCGAACAACGUCGUCUCGAUUUAUGGGCCGCGCUCGCGCCAGGUUUUUGUGUUCGGUGAGACUUUGUUGAUCCUCGGGUACUGAUCAUGGUUGGAGGAAGAACAGCUGAUGUGGAACCUACGGCUGUCGUCAAGGUGUUUUCAGCUGGAACAGCUGGCUGCGUGGCCGACCUGGUCACCUUCCCCCUGGACACCGCUAAAGUUCGACUGCAGAUUCAGGGUGAGUCCAGGUCCUUGCUGGAGGGCCACCGGGCGAAGUACAGAGGAGUGUUUGGCACCAUCUUCACCAUGGUGCAGACCGAGGGUCCGAGGAGUCUGUACAGUGGGCUGGUGGCCGGGCUGCAGAGACAGAUGAGCUUCGCCUCGGUCCGCAUCGGCCUCUACGACACCAUGAAGCAGCUGUACACGCGUGGGUCAGACAAUCCUGGAAUCGGGACUCGGUUGCUGGCAGGAUGCACCACGGGAGCGAUGGCGGUGGCUUUCGCUCAGCCCACCGACGUGGUCAAGGUCCGGUUCCAGGCCCAGGUCUGUCUGCCCGAGAGCGGCUCCGUGAAGAGAUACAGCAGCACCAUUGAAGCCUACAAGACGAUCGCCAGGGACGAGGGCGUUAGAGGCCUCUGGAAAGGUUGUCUGCCAAACAUAACUCGUAAUGCCAUCGUGAACUGCUGCGAGCUGGUGACCUAUGACGUGAUCAAGGAGUUCAUCCUGAAGCACAAGCUGAUGACGGACAACAUGCCGUGUCACUUCACCGCUGCCUUCGGCGCCGGCUUCUGCACCACGGUCGUGGCGUCUCCGGUGGACGUGGUGAAAACGCGCUGCAUGAACUCGGUGCCGGGGCAGUACAGCGGGGCCAUUAACUGCGCCCUAACCAUGCUGAGGAAAGAGGGACCCACAUCUUUCUAUAAGGGCUUCAUGCCUUCGUUUCUCCGCCUGGGAUCCUGGAACAUCGUGAUGUUUGUGAGCUUCGAGCAGAUCAAGAGAGCGGUGAUGAGAUUGCAGCAGUCGUGGUCGCUCGGACCUGUCUGACAGCGGGUUUUGGCGCUCAGCGGAUCAACAGCGCCGUCAUAACCUGUUUUGCCCUCGGGAUAAAAAGUGUAUCUCAUAAAAGAAACCACACUCCACUGGAGACACAUUGGCAUUGUCAUCGUUCUCUGGGACAUUUGACGUGAAUGAAUGUUUUCUGCAAAGGCAAGUCAAAAUAUUUACCGUGAGAAAAGCCUGGCGUGGACAGAUAUCUGCGUUUGUUUUGUUCACUCACUCAAAGAAUUUGACUACGGUCUGAUGACAGACAAUGAUAUCUGAAACAAAGAGUUUUUAGUUGUGAAGAGGUGAUGGUUGUACCUCAGGGAAAGCAAAAGUUUGUAAGAGAGCAGGGAGCACAGGUGUAAACAUGAUAUUUUUUUAUUAUAAAUUAAAUAAGAAACGCAGUCCUUUAGGAAUAAGAGUUGCAGCUAACAUAUAUUUUAACCUUUAACCAUUAGUUGAUUAAUUAUAUUCACAGAAUUUUAUUUAUAAAAUGUCGAUAGUAAUCGAGGCUGCUUUAAAGAACUGAAACUCUCAGAGGAACACUGGAAACUUGUUUCUUCUUCCUUUAUCAGGAGGAAACCUUGAGCGGCUCAUAUAUCAGAAGGAAACUGGGUUGUUAAAAUGACAAAGUUGAUGUGUCACAGUCUUCUGAAAUACUCUUAGGUGGGGAAAAUAAAGCAAGAAGCUUGAACGGGGGAAUAUUUGUAUACAUUUUUUUAAUAGUUUGUGAUUAUUUUUCGGCCAGUCGACUGGUUGAUUAAUGGAUCAGACGAUUCAGCUCGAUUAGAUAGAUAUAGAUAGAUUACUUUAUCCAUCCCCGAAGGGAAAGUAGGUCGUCAUAGCAGUCCAGUAUUUGAAUACAAUAAAAUACAAUACAAUAAAAUACUGAGGUAAUGAGAAUGAGGCCGGUUGAUAAAUAAAUAACUAGAUGAUUGAAUGUAUUUUCACAUUCAUAAAAACACUUUCUAACAGAAAGAAGCAUUGAGUGAAUCAUAUGGUUGGAUUCAUCUGCCUGAGGCCGGCCGAACAGAUCGGCCUCAAGCAGGUUAGAUUCUUUAAUUAACAAAAUAUUUUGAUGAAAUAAAUAAAUACCUUCAGGUGAGGAAAAUAAAACACAAAGAUGGGAGAAUAUUUAGGCCAGCUGGAUAAAACCUUUUCACAUUAAAUGCCAAAAAACACAUUAAAUGUAUUAGUUUCUGUUACUUCUUUUAAUAAUCUUUAGAUGUUGUGUAUGUCUGAAUAUAAAGACACUCUCAUGUCC